CCGGGGCCGCCGGAUGCUCCGUGAUGGAUGAGGAAUGACAGAUCGGGGUUAGCCGCCAGUGGAAUCCAUUUUGUUCUAGUGCAGGGUCCUACCCCAGGUGAAAACAAAGGAGAGACACUAUACGCAGCGGAGAAAGGGACAAGAAACAGAAAAGGGAGCGACCGGCUUCCACCCUUCUUCUUUCCCCCCUCUGUCACUCUCUCUCUCUCUCUCUCUCUCUCUCUCUGUUCACUGCCUCUGUGCAUCACUGGGCUUUACCCGGACUGCACCGCAUUGACGCUGCUGCUGCUGCUGCUGCCAACAGACCCAACCCAGUGAAAUAACACACCAACAUACACAGAGCGAGAGAGAAUUUGUCUUUUUGGAUGCUAAUAAUCACAGCUGGAAACUGGAUGUUGUACGGAUUAUGUGUGUGGAUAUGCAAAAAUUCCAUUUCUUCGUCUCUUUGCUUCCUUCUCUCUGAUUCGCUGUCCUGCUCGGUAAUGUCAAGACUUUGGAAGCGGGAGUGACGCCGGGAGGUGGCGGCGGUUUGGAGAUUAUUGCAGCUGCAGCACACAGUGCAUGGCAAGAGACUGGGAUUUAAUUUACAAGUUUGCAGAGUUCACGUCCUGAAUGUAGCUAUUCAUACGAAACCGUGAGUCCCCCCUCAGUGCUGUUUCCAACAUGGGUGUUGACUGAAUGGAAGAGUAUCCCCGCUUUGCCACAGAGGUAUGAGGAUGCACUUGUGAGGAUUUAAGGUGCGUUAAAUAAUUCCUGGACCAUGCAGAUUCUGCUGCCUAGGACGUUAUUUGUGUUACUAGUUCAUGCACAUGUAUUAUUAACUCUGAGAAAUAAUGGAGACGUACGAACUAAAGACAGCAACACCAAGGCAUACACUGCCAGGACCUUCUAUGGGUCAAUCUGGGAAAGUCAUCAAAACAAAGCCAGAGACGGUGUGCUCUCGUCGGGAUACGCUACAGGUGCGUCAUCGGCAGAACUGCAGGUACAGCCGGCAAUUAUCAGAGGGACCAUUAAUUCCACUCGUCCCUGGAACAGGGUAAUUGCGGGAGAAAUGAGGCCAAUUGGACACAACAAACACGAUUUUAGUAGGACUGUGACGCCCAUGGAGGAUCCCAACGCCCUCUCUCAUCCGACGCGACAACAUAAUAAGAGGAUAAAGCUGAAUUGCUGUCUUAGCAGUACGUGGACGCCAGCAGGUGGACACUACAAUGUAGCUAAACCCUCUUCAAUGGGCCGGGGAGAAGGAGGGGGCGGACCCGAGGAGGGGGACAGGAGCAGAAGAGGCACAAAAGAAGAGCAGAAGAAAGCCUGGAAGCGGGGCAGAAACCGGCUGAACAAAAGCUCAGUGCUUUUGGCUCAGCUUCACCCGCCGCCGUGGGAACCCAUCCCCAAGCCGGUGGCUCUUACCUCCACCGACCUGCCCUUUGACCUCUUCACCAAGAGGGCUGAGUUCAUCACUUUCAAAGAGGAGAACCCCUGGGAUGCAACGCCGAUCACCCCUCCUAGCUCGCAGGAUUUCGGAGAUGAGAUCAAGAACCCUUUUUACCCGGUGACAAGUGAGACUUAUGGCGCGUAUGCGAUAACAUGCGUGUCCGGGGUUAUUUUCCUCGUUGGGGUAGCGGGCAACAUCGCUAUCCUGUGCAUCGUGUGCCAGAACUACUACAUGAAGAGCAUCUCCAACUCACUGCUGGCUAAUUUGGCUGUCUGGGAUUGUGUGCUCAUCCUCUUCUGUCUGCCCAUGGUGGUUUUCCAUGAACUGACUAAGUCCUGGCUGCUGGGGGAAUUUACCUGCAAGGUGGUGCCCUAUGUGGAGGUGGCCUCCCUGGGGGUGACCACCUUCACCCUGUGCGCUCUGUGCAUCGACCGUUUCCGUGCAGCCACCAAUGUCCAGAUGUACUAUGAGAUGAUUGAGAACUGCACCUCCACUACUACCAAGCUGGCUGUCAUCUGGAUUGGUGCCCUCCUCUUGGCCCUCCCGGAGCUUCUUAUCCGACAACUGGUGGCAGAGGACACAGGAAUCCCAGGCGAGCCACCUGUUGAACAUUGUAUUAUCAGGAUUUCCACUUCACUUCCUGAGAUGCUGUACGUGCUAGGCCUGACCUAUGAGGGUGCUCGGCUGUGGUGGUGCUUUGGCUGUUACUUUUGCCUCCCAACCCUCUUUACCAUUGGGUGCUCUUUGGUAACAGCACACAAGAUCAGGCGUGCAGAGCAAGCGAGCGUGCGCAGCAACAAGAAGCAGAUUCGGCUGGAGAGCCAGAUGAACUGCACCGUUGUGGCACUGGCAAUUGUCUACGGUGCAUGUGUAGUGCCUGAGAACAUCUGCAAUAUAGUUUCCGAAUACAUGGCAGCCGGUGUUCCUGAGCACACCAUGUCUGUCCUCCAUCUUCUCUCCCAGCUCCUGCUCUUCUGUCGGGCCGCUGUGACGCCGGCGCUGCUGCUCCUGCUAUGUCGGCCCCUGGGCAGAGCCUUCCUGGACUGUUGCUGUUGCUGCUGCUGCUGUAACCAUGCGUCCUCCUCGGCCACGGCCAGUGACGAUAACGAACAUGAAUGCACCACUGAGCUGGAGCUGUCACCGUUCAGUACCAUUCGCAGGGAACUGAGUAACUACACACCUGCUGGCUCCAACUGCUAAAAUGUCAUUCCUCAUCAGGGAUGGAGAUUCUGCUGCCUGUCGCUAGUAAAUCUGAGCUGACUAGGAGAGAUUUGCCUUAACUCCUCUAGUCACAUUUUCAGUGGGUGCUUGAAGGAUGUUGAACAUUGAAUAAUCACAUUCAGUCAGUGUCCUAUGUCCUUAGCUUUCAUACUUUACAACAAUACUGUAAUGUACAUUAACACUAAUCUCAUUUCCCGGUAAAGUUAACAUUUCACUCAUGCCCUGAGGUGCUUUUCAGCAAUCCUGCCUGAAACUGUUAAAACUUACAAACCUCCCUUCUAUAGACAAAACUGUUGGGCUCAUUCUGUUAGUGACAGGUAAAGGUAACAUUUACAGUGUACAUUAGGAAAUGUACAGAAAAUACCACACUAAUUUCUGUUAAGAUUAACAAAACAGCUUGCGCUGAUAAAUGUUUGACCAAAAUAAAUAAUCUUUAUAUAUGGGGAACUGCAAAUCUUAACAGAAAAAAAAUCAAUGCCAGUCACCUUCCAAAUGUGUCCUUGGUAAAAUUAUGAGGACAAAACUAAUUAAGCACAGAGCAACCUUGUAUAAUAAUUCAAACACAGCUUCCAGUGGGCUGACAGUUCCUAUAGAUGUGCAGGACUUGGUUUACAGACUACAUCAGCUGUUAAUGUACAGUGCAUAUUGAAUAGUGAUGCAUACAUGGGAACAAGACUUCUUAUAAUUAAACUAGCACAGGGCAUAUCUGCAGUAAAGAUAGUUUGCAAGAGAAAAACAAAGAUGGUACUGCAAUGGAGAAUAUAAAUGUAUGCAACAAAACAUACACUGUAUAUUAAAAAAUAUCCAGUUGACUCAAACCAAACUGGGCUGGUCUCAGAGAACAAAAACAGACUUAAGUGGUUUAGAAUGGACUAACUGAAAUCACAUCAGAUUUGAAUGGCAUAGACAGGACUCAUACACCACAGAUGAAACUUAAUGAUGUGAUUAUUAAUAGUGUGCUGGAGUAAUGGAACACAACACAGUGGAACAAAACUGAACGGGAUGGACUCAGAAUGGCCUGUGCUGAAAAUGAUCAUCUGCACUACACUGUUGUAUUAUGUUACACCUUACAUUUUGAGCUGUAUAUAUACUGAAAACUGUCUUUGGUGCUCUUAUGAUGAAUGCGCUGUAAAUAACAAAUCCAUUGGUUCGAUUUAGAAUCACAAGUAAUUGAGCUACGUAGUAUGGUUCUGGUCAGGAUGACAGAUUACAGUUAUCUGAGCUUCUGGAAUACAUGAACAAUAGUGAGGCAAAAGAUGAAAAAAUCUGUGUAGCAUUUUACUGAGCUGCUACAAUUGACACAUCCCAAUCAUCCGAAUCUUGAAAUAUAUAAACUGCCUUUAUUUAGACUGACAAUUUGACGGCUAAACUACAAGCAUGGUAGCAUUUUA